AUGAGUAAUGAAACCUGUUUGGAUAUAAAUCAUGAACUCUCUCGACGAAGCGAUGAUUUAACUUUACAUUCUAUUACUGUCGUUAUUUUCGCGCUUUUUUAUACAACGAUUAUUAUUGUUGGUAUACUUGGUAAUCUAUGCGUUAUACUUGCAAUUUCAAGGACAAGGAGUCUUCAAAUAGUUCCAAAUUUUUUUAUUUUUGCCUUAAGUUGUUCCGAUUUAAUGGUUUGUUGUACAUCAGCGACUAUAACGCCAAUUACAGCAUUUAAGAAAAUAUGGAUAUUUGGCGCAACUCUGUGUUCAGUAGCUCCUUUUAUUGCAGGUACAUCGCUAUGUUUUUCGACUUUUACGCUUACGGCAAUCUCAAUUGAUCGCUUCUUUCUAAUUUAUUUUCCAACUCGAUCGCUUUUAACAAAAGCUCGAGCUGUUGUUGUCAUAGCGGUAAUUUGUAUUUCUGCUAUGUCGCUUUCGGCGCCAAUCAUGCUGAAACAAAGUUUGCGUUCAAUUAGAAAUUUUUGCGGAAAAUUUUGUAUCGAAGAAUGGAAUGGUGAUGAAAAUGGAAGACGCGUUUAUGGUUCAGUAAUGGUCGGCGUUCAAUUUGCAGUGCCUCUUAUCAUUAUAAUUUUUUGUUAUACGGCGAUAUCUGUCAAGCUUGGACAGCAAAGUGCAGCACUUAAACGAAAACAACGUACAAAUCGAAUGCUUAUAGCAAUGGUUGUUGCAUUUUCAACCAGUUGGUUUUCAAGUGUUUUAUUUAAUGUGCUUCGCGAUUAUAAUCGCCUACCGAAUUGGAUUAUAAAACAAGAAUAUUUUUUUGGAAUUGGAACACAUUGCAUAGCGAUGACAUCAACGGUAUGGAAUCCAUUGUUAUAUGCUUUAAUGAAUCCUCAGUUACGUGCAGCAUUCGUGGCCUUAAUACCACAACAUCUAAAAAAUAAGAACAAAAGUCGUAGGCUAUCAAAAAUGUCCACAGUCCCAUUGAAUCGUGAUUCGUGUGGGAAGAAUAAAAGUGGAGGUAAAAUGACGGAAACUGUGAUAGCAGUGACAACAGGAAAAAGAUUACUGUAA